GCCACCCCAUAUAAUCCACAUUCUAGAUCACGGAUCUAAAAUGGCAUAUGAAUUCCCCUUUUCUCAAAGCUAUAAAAUGCAGCGACACUUGGAUAGAAGAUCAAACAAGCAAAGGCUUGCCUUUGUCACUGUAAUGCCCAGUGGAUCAAGGAAAACCUCCGGAACGUCAAUUAGUAUCUGCUCUUGAAGUUAUUGUUUCCCUUACCUCGUUACAAGUGUGAUCAAUGGCUCUGUCUUCUCAAACAGAUGCACGAGGAGGGGUGGAAGAAGGAGUCGCAGCUUUUGGAAUGGAAAUAGAAUCAGACACCAAAACGGGAGAAACCCAACACAUAGCUUCUUCGAAAUCCAACAAGCUAAAGUUCUUCCCCUUGAUAUUCCUCAUCUACUUCGAAGUCUCCGGCGGCCCCUUCGGCGAAGAAACAGCCGUAGAAGCAGCGGGACCACUUCUAGCAUUGUUGGGCUUCAUACUUUUCCCGUUCGUUUGGAGUAUACCAGAGGCCCUGUUGACGGCAGAACUGGCGACAGCGUACCCGGGCAACGGUGGGUACGUUGUGUGGGCUUGGAAUGCGUUCGGACCCUUCUGGGGAUUUCUCAUGGGAUGGUGGAAAUGGGUAGGCGGAGUAAUCAACAACGCCGCCAUAGUUGCCUUAUGUCUGGACUACCUAAAGAUCAUCAUCCCAGCUUUCAGGCAUGGGCCCAUGCGAAUCGUGGGAAUUUCAGUGUGCACGGUGGUGUUGAGCUAUCUCAACUUCAGUGGUCUCACCAUAGUUGGCUGGACUGCGGUUAUUCUGGGGAUGAUCUCACUUAUGCCCUUCUUUCUCAUGUUUUUCUUCUCCAUUCCAAAGCUUAAGCCCUCACGGUGGAUGGUUGGACCCAAGGGUGACACAAACUGGUCACUCUACUUUAACACGCUCUUCUGGAACCUGAAUUUCUGGGACAACGCGAGCACUUUAGCAGGGGAGAUGGAUCAUCCGCAGAGAACUUUCCCACGGGCGCUCUUCUACUCGGGGCUCUUGUCCUGCGUGGGGUAUAUCUUACCCCUGCUGGCAAUUACGGGAGCCCUGGAGCUUAAGAGGGAGUUGUGGACUGAUGGGUACCUGGCUGAUGCAGCCGGGCACAUUGCCGGAGCCUGGUUAAAAUACUGGAUCGAAGUGGGUUCAGUGUUGUCCACAGUGGGGAUGUUUGAAGCCCAGUUGAGCAGCGCCUCUUUUCAGCUUUUGGGCAUGGCGGAGAUAGGGCUUUUGCCCGCUUUCAUGGCCAAGCGCUCCGUUUACAACACACCCUUCUUGGGUAUCCUCGUCUCCGCCGGGGGUACAUUGCUACUAUCAUUCGUUAACUUCACUACCAUCAUGUGGGCCGCCAAUUUUCUCUACAGUUGUGGGAUGCUGCUGGAAUUUGCUUCGUUUCUGUGGCUGAGGCACAAGUUUCCCGCUCUGAGCAGGCCAUUUAGGGUGCCUGUCAAAAUACCCUGCUUGAUAGUCAUAGUCACCGCGCCCGUGGCGCUUCUUCUCUUUAUAAUGACUCUGGCCAACUUGGCUGUCUACAUAAUCAGUAUUUCCGUCACAGUUGUUGGUGUUUUGGGGUACUUUUUGAUGAAUGCCUGCAAGAAGAGAAAUUUGAUGGUGUUUUCCGUGACAGGACAGAGUGGAGUUCAAAGCUUCGCUGAGGAUCGAACCGAGGAGCAGGCAGAACCCAGGCUUAAUCUGUAGCUUAGCGUGUUUAUAGUAGCACCGAGAGCUUUCCAUAACUACAAUAUUUGUUAUGAUACUGCUAUCUCCUAUAUACGAUAGUUGUUUCAACUUUGAGCCAUUUCAGCAUGUCUUUCGUUUCCAAUGUCCAUAUUGUAUGUGAAGGUAGACAUAAUAUGUAUUAGCGCUAGUAGAUCUACAUCAUUAUUUGUUGACAUUUAGUUCAUGUUAUAAAGUAUUGAGUUGAAAUCUUCUUCAAUAUAAAAAGAUUUACAUCGUUAUCACCUAAAA